GGUUAAUCAAGAUACCGGGAGUUGCGGGGUACCUACGGAUUAUAUGUCCGAUUACCUAAGGUACCUGACCUCUAGAAAAAAAGAAGAAAAAAAAGAAAAAAAGGCUUAAUGUUGUGCCGUUUCCUUCAGUACAGGUGCCCCCCAGCUGGCAGCAGCAGCAUAGAUCCCUCCCCAAUUUUCCCAUUUUGUAACCCACAAGAAUCGCAUCCCACUAAAACCUCAAAAUCUUAACAGAUUCGCAACUUCGUCACCCGCAACAACCGAAUCCGAAUCGAUCCCUCCCAUUCGGCAUAAGACGCGAAUAAUUAUCCGGUCAAGAAGUUCGCGAUCAUGGCCGACUCUCUAAAGGAUACGCCGUUCAAGACGGUUCAGGUCGAGGCUCUGGUUGUGAUGAAGAUAGUUAAGCACUGCUCAAACAGCUUCCCUUCGACUGCUACGGGUUCCAUCGUUGGUAUGGACAAGGAUGGUAUCCUCGGAAUCACAAACACUUUCCCUUUCCCUACGGUCGACGUAACGAACGUCGAGGGCGGCCACCAAAACGACGCGUCUGCACUCGCCGCCGCCGCGCCGCGCGCCAAAGCAAACAUUAUCUACCAGAAUGACAUGAUCCGACAUCUCAAAGAGGUCAACGUCGACGCCAACAACGUGGGCUGGUAUACGAGUGCUACGAUGGGUAACUUCGUCAACUCUAGCUUUAUCGAGAACCAGUACCAUUAUCAACGCGAGAACGAACGGACCGUCGCCCUAGUCCACGACGUUAGCCGCAGCUCGCAGGGUGCGCUAAGUCUUCGCGCAUUCAAGUUGACACAGAACUUCAUGACGGCGUUCAAGGAGGGGAAAUUCACAACUGAGAGUCUACAAAAGUCGAAACUCUCCUUCAAGGAUAUCCUUGUCGAAUUCCCUAUCCACGUUCACAACUCGCAUCUCCUGACUUCCUACCUCCACCAGCUACCCUCUGCCGCUUUGGAGACGGACGUGACAAUGCCAACAUCUCUUUCCGAUCUACAAGGCGAACCUAUCAAGAUGCCGCUUCAUCCGUCGGUCGACAUUCUCGACCUCUCGAUAGAUCCUUUCCUUGAGAAGACGUGCGAUCUUCUACUCGAUAGUAUCGAGUCUCAUUACACCGAGCUGAACAACCACCAGUAUUACCAGAGACAGCUUGCCCGCGAGCAAACUAAGAUCACGGCGUGGCAGACGAAGCGAAAGGCGGAGAACGCGGGGCGUGUUGCGGCUAAGCAGCAGCCUCUUCCGGAAGAUGAAUGGCAGCGAAUCUUCAAACUUCCUCAGGAACCCAGCCGAUUGGAAGGCAUGCUGAAUGCGAAACAAGUGGAACAGUACAGCAAGCAAAUAGACGGGUUCACGGCCAAUGUCAGCGCAAAGAUGUUCGCCGUCAGGGGCAAUCUUCUUCCCGAAUAAGGGUUAUAAAGAGGGGAAAAGGGGUAAUUGAUAUAGAUGCAUGUGGCCCGGCGUCCGGAGGCGUUUUAGGGUUUCUACUUCGGGAAUUCAAGCACAUGAAGCUGAAGUCAAGGCAUAAUGUCUGUCCUGUCUAGGGCCAUGUCUAGAGUAUCUGUAGGAUGCUAGCGUAAGCAUUGAUAUGCCUUUGCUGAAGCAACCCGAACAGCCAUGACCGGGGAUUUAGGAAUAAUACUUCCGAUCUUUUACGGCCGACGUUUUCACGGCCGACGUUCUACAUCCUCACGUAUAGUCUACACGUAUAUCUCAAGACUCAUGUUAGGAGGUACAUUACCUAGAUAUUUGAGAAAUUCGUACAACAUAAUUGUAUCUCGAUUCUCCUUCUGUCACUUAUCAAUUGCAAUUGCAAUACCCUUAUAAACCGUGAUUGUCGUAGUUAUCUAAAGGGGGAGCGGGCAAUAAAAGUAAAGGCAACGCCAC